GCGGGGCGGUUCCGGGUGCGGCUGCGGCAGCGGGGAUCGGAUCGCAGCGGCCAUGGCGGCGGCGACAGCGGCGGCCCCGGGGGGGCCCGGCCCGGUGCCGGGGGCGCCCAAGCUGGGGGUGGAGUCGGUGAAGGGGCAGGUGUUCGACGUGGGGCCGCGCUACACGGACCUGCAGUACAUCGGGGAGGGGGCGUACGGCAUGGUCUGCUCCGCCUACGACCACGUGGGGAAGAGCCGCGCGGCCAUCAAGAAGAUCAGCCCGUUCGAGCACCAGACCUACUGCCAGCGCACGCUGCGCGAGAUCAAGAUCCUGCUGCGCUUCCGCCACGAGAACAUCAUCGGCAUCAACGACAUCCUGCGCGCCGCCGCCCUGGAGCACAUGCGCGACGUGUACAUCGUGCAGGACCUGAUGGAGACCGACCUGUACAAGCUGCUGAAGACGCAGCAGCUGAGCAACGACCACAUCUGCUACUUCCUGUACCAGAUCCUGCGCGGCCUGAAGUACAUCCACUCGGCCAACGUGCUGCACCGCGACCUCAAGCCCAGCAACCUGCUCAUCAACACCACCUGCGACCUCAAGAUCUGUGACUUUGGUCUGGCCCGGAUCGCCGACCCGGAGCACGACCACACCGGCUUCCUGACGGAGUACGUGGCCACCCGCUGGUACCGCGCCCCCGAGAUCAUGCUCAACUCCAAGGGCUACACCAAGUCCAUCGACAUCUGGUCGGUGGGCUGCAUCCUGGCGGAGAUGCUCUCCAACCGGCCCAUCUUCCCCGGCAAGCACUACCUGGACCAGCUCAACCACAUCCUGGGGAUCCUGGGGUCCCCCUCGCAGGACGACCUGAACUGCAUCAUCAACAUGAAGGCGCGGAAUUACCUGCAGUCGCUGCCCCAGAAGGCCAAGGUGCCCUGGCCCAAGCUCUUCCCCAAGGCCGACCCCAAAGCCCUCGACCUGCUGGACAAGAUGCUGACCUUUAACCCCAACAAGCGCAUCACUGUGGAGGAGUCGCUGGCUCACCCCUACCUGGAGCAGUACUACGACCCCUCGGACGAGCCGGUGGCCGAGGAGCCCUUCACUUUCGACAUGGAGCUGGACGACCUGCCGAAGGAGAAGCUGAAGGAGCUGAUCUUCGAGGAGACGGCGCGGUUCCAGCCGGGCUCCCAGGGGCCGUGAGCGCUGGUCCGUCACGCUCCAGCUUAGACCUGGCUCCCUCUGAGAAGGUUUCGACCUGGCCCUGCGCCCGGAGCGCCCCUCGGACUCUGAUUUGGGGGGCUGGGGGGCCCCGCCCGAGGGGCCAGCCCUGCCAUCGUGCUGUAUAACUGCUUCGCAAUGUGGCUGUGACUCCUUAACCCCCCCAGGCUGUGCCUCUGGGGGGGCCUGGCGGGGGACCCAGUGCCCCCGAUUCCUGGAUGUGGAGGGGAAUCUCUCCUGCUUCCUAUCUAACGAGUUACCAGUUGUAAUGA